AUGCAAGCCAUAAAAUGUGUCGUUGUUGGAGACGGUGCCGUGGGUAAAACGUGCCUGCUCAUCAGUUACACCACAAACGCUUUUCCCGGAGAGUACAUACCGACAGUAUUCGAUAACUACUCCGCAAAUGUGAUGGUCGAUGGCAAACCAAUCAACCUGGGUCUGUGGGAUACUGCCGGCCAAGAGGACUACGACCGACUGCGACCCCUCUCUUACCCACAAACCGACGUGUUCCUUAUAUGCUUCUCCCUGGUCAAUCCGGCAUCAUUCGAGAACGUUCGAGCUAAGUGGUAUCCGGAAGUGCGACAUCACUGCCCAUCGACACCCAUCAUCCUUGUCGGAACUAAGCUCGAUCUGCGCGAAGACAAGGACACUAUUGAAAAGCUGAAGGAAAAGAAACUCGCACCCAUCACCUACCCACAGGGUCUAGGCAUGGCAAAGGAGGUGAACGCGGUGAAGUACCUUGAAUGUUCGGCGCUGACCCAAAAGGGCCUAAAGACCGUGUUCGACGAGGCGAUCCGCGCUGUUCUGUGCCCGGCGCCGCGCGUCAAGCCACCGCGACGGGUCUGCGCGCUGCUCUAA